UUGUGACUUCCCAUUUGGAACACAGACGUGAAGCUGAAAAUGAAUUUGCUGCUGACACUCGCACUAUUUGGAACGCUUGCUUGGGCUUUGCCCAUAGGUCAGGAAACUGAGAGAAUUUCAAAAAAGGACAGAGAACUUGCUGAGAAAUACAUACAGCAUUAUUAUCCUGAAUCAGAUUCAACACCUGUGAUAAAAAGCAAAGCCAAGAAUGGCAUUGCUCCAGAAAAAAUACGGCAGAUGCAGGAUUUCUUGGGGUUGAAAGUGACUGGCAAAUUGGAUGUGAGCACUUUGGAUGCGAUUAAAAAACCCAGGUGUGGCAUUGCUGACGUAGGAGAAUACAACAUUUUUCCUGGUUCACCUAAAUGGGCAAAGAAAGAACUGACAUACAGGAUUCUAAACUAUACCCCUGACAUGGAAUCCCGUUAUGUAGACUAUGCAAUUGAGAAAGCUUGGAAAGUGUGGAGUGAUGUGACUCCCUUGACCUUCACCAGGGUUUAUGGGAAACCUGCCGACAUUGAAAUCUCUUUUGUUAAUGGAACACACGGAGAUGCUUUUCCUUUUGAUGGACCAGGUGGAACUUUGGCCCAUGCCUUUUCACCUGCUUUUGGUGGAGAUGCUCAUUUUGAUGAAGAUGAAUUCUGGGCAAAGGAUUUGAAAGGAUCCAACCUUUUUCUGGUAGCUGCCCAUGAGUUUGGCCACUCAUUAGGGCUUCAACAUUCCAAUGAUUUGGGGGCUCUGAUGUUUCCAAUCUAUGAACCAAUGGAUCCCAAAGCCCUAAGACUUCACCGUGAUGAUAUUGCAGGCAUCCAGAGCCUUUAUGGAGCCCCUGGAGAUGAUGAUGAUAAUGACAGUUUAUUGGAAAACCCUACAGCUACCCCAACAGAAGUACCAUCAACAGAACCAUGCCACCCUGACCAAACUUUUGAUGCUGUGACUUCGCUUAGAGGAGAAACCAUAUUCUUUAAAGACAGUUUCUUCUGGCGAAAGAAUCCCCUCCGAAGUGCAAUUGAGAAAGAUCCCAUUUCUGCUUUCUGGCCAGCUUUGAGCAGUGGCAUAGAUGCUGCAUACGAAAACAGAGACAAGGACAUCGUCUUUCUUUUUAAGGGACAAAAGUAUUGGUCUUCCAGGGGAAAUAUUAUAGAGCAUGGUUUCCCAAGGAACAUCCAGAGUCUGGGCUUCCCACACACUGUUAAAAAAGUUGAUGCAGCAACUUAUGACAGUAAUUCAAAGAAAACAUACUUCUUUUCUGGUGACCGUUAUUGGAGGUAUGAUGAUGAAAAGAACUCCAUGGAGCAAGGAUAUCCAAGAAAAAUAACAGCUGACUUCCAUAACAUUCGCUCCAAGGUGGAUGCUGCUUUUAUAGAUAAUGGACACUUCUAUUUAUUCAGUGGUCCAAAGCAGUAUGAAUUUGACUCUGCAACCAAGAGAUUUCUGGGCAUAAAGAAGAGUAAUAGCUGGCUGGGUUGCCAGUGAUAUGUCAAGAAGAAGACAAAGGAGCCAAGAACUGUGGAAUCCAUUCAUCCUAGCUCUCAAGAACUAGCUGAUGUUUGUCAGUUAAUGGUGUAUACUUGGGGUAUUCUCUGCUUUUGAGCCAUAAAAACACCAUCAUGAUGUUUUCAUAAGGGAGAAUUUCAAGACUGAAUUUAAUUUUUUUUUAUUUUAAAAACAAACUUUAUUCAAUAUAAAGAGAUAAAAGAUUGUACAAAACGUUCUUAACUCUAAAAAAGAAGAUACAAUUCUAAAUUACAUAUAUAUACUAAAUAUACUAAAUAUACAUAUAUACUAAAACUGACAAACAGGAUUAUCUAUCUAUAUUUAAACAUGUAAAUACAUAUAUACAUUAACCUUGACUCCUUAAUGAUGGUGUAAUUUUGUUAUCCUUAAUUUCUUACUGUAUUUGACUUUAAUUUUUUUUCUUUCGACUGAUCCAUUCAUACCAUCUGUUCCAUAUUUUAUAAUACUGUAAGUCUUCCUUGUUGUUUAAUUUUAAAGUUAAUCUAUCCAUUUCUGCACAUGUGAAUAUUUUUUGAAUUAUUUGUUGUUCUGUUGGCAACUGUUCUAAUUUCCAGGAUUGGGCUAGGGUUAGUCUGGCCGCCGUAAUUAUAUGUAGUGUGAUGUAUAUUAUUUCUUUUCUACUACUUUUUUUGAAUAUGCCUAAUAAAAAAAAAUUCAGGUUUUAGGUC